AUGCUUCAAAAGGCUGUCUUGAUAACCUCUACCCUUCUUGCCACUGCGCGAGCGCAGCAAGUCGGUACUUACACAGCCGAGACUCAUCCAUCUCUGACCUGGCAGACAUGUACUUCGGCCAACGAAUGCACCACUGUCGAUGGCAGUGUUGUCAUUGAUGCCAACUGGCGCUGGAUUCAUAGCGUUAACAGCAGCACCAAUUGCUAUACUGGCAAUACUUGGGACGCAACGCUGUGUCCGGAUGAUGAAUCAUGUGCAGUUAACUGUGCCGUCGAGGGAGCCGCCUACAGCUCUACUUACGGUGUGACUACCUCUGGUAGCGAACUGAGAAUCAAUUAUGUCACGCAGAAUUCGAAUGGUGCCAAUGUUGGCGCUCGUUUGUAUCUGCUGAAAGAUGAAUCGACGUAUGAGACAUUUUCUCUUCUCGGAAAUGAAUUUACCUUUGAUGUGGAUGUGGCCAAUCUUCCCUGUGGUUUGAAUGGGGCACUGUACUUCACGCAGAUGCAAGCAGAUGGUGGUUUGUCUGAGUACACCAAUAACAAGGCCGGUGCUAAGUAUGGUGUUGGGUACUGCGACUCGCAAUGCCCUCGCGACUUGAAGUUCAUUGACGGAGAGGGCAACGCUGAAGAUUGGGAACCGUCCAGCACCGAUUCGAACACCGGCGUCGGUGGACAUGGGAACUGCUGUGCCGAGAUGGACAUCUGGGAAGCGAACAGCAUUUCCUACGCAACAACUGCUCACCCAUGCUCAAGUCUCGGACAGACCGAGUGUGAUGGCGACGACUGCGGUGGUACAUACUCGGCAGAACGAUAUGCCGGCGUUUGUGACCCAGACGGCUGCGAUUUCAAUCCUUAUCGUUUAGGCAAUACUUCAUUCUAUGGCCCUGGAUCUGACUUUACCGUCAAUACCGAUGAUACAAUCACCGUCGUGACUCAAUUCAUAACUGACACUGGCUCUACAUCCGGCACCUUGUCCGCAAUUAAACGCUUCUUCGUGCAGAAUGGCAAGGUCAUCGCUCAGGCCAACUCAGAGACGACCGGCAUUUCUGGUAAUGAAAUUACAGCGGCUUACUGCGAGGCAGAAAACAGUGUGUUUGAUGGGGCUGGCGAGUUUUCUGCCAAGGGUGGACUGUCCCAGAUGAGUGCUGCGCUGGCUGAAGGUAUGGUUUUGGUGCUGUCUCUAUGGGACGACGACUACGCGAGUAUGCUAUGGCUUGACAGCGACUACCCAACAAAUGAAACUGCAUCAACGCCUGGUGUUGCCCGCGGCUCUUGCUCUACUUCAUCGGGAGUACCAGCGACUAUACGACAGCAAGAUGCUAGCUCUUACGUGACCUUCUCGAACAUUAAGUUUGGCGCUAUUAACUCGACCUUCACCGCGUCCUAG